AUGUCUCUUCGUGAUCAAAAUGGAAACAGUAUUGGUGGUGGUGCUGAUGAUGAACUCGAACUACGAAAUAAUCUAGCAUCAACUGGUCGAUUAAAUAAAUUAUCAGAACCUGUUUAUUCAAAAGAACAUAAAAAAUAUGCUCAUUGUACAGUACUAUUUUCAUUGGGACAAACUUCUUAUGGAACAUCAUUACAAGUUUCUGCUUCAGUUUCUAAUAUGGUUCGUCCAUGUCCGAAACCAACAAAAAUUAAAUUAGAUAUGAAAACAAAUAUGGAAACAAAAAUUGUUACAAAACAUUAUCUACCUGAAACAGCUGAAAUUCUUAUGCCAUCUGAUAUACAAUAUGGUAUUGAUGUAUCUAAUCGUCGUGUUUUAUUUGAUGCUGAUGAAAUAAAAGCAAUAAAAAAAUUUAGUGAUCCCGGUUUUCAAAUACUUGGCUUUAAAAAUAUUUCAUGUUUAUUACCACAUCGUUAUGCUAAACCCGAUGAUUUUAUUUAUCCCGAUGAAAAAUAUGUGGAAGGAAGUUCAUGUUUAUUUAAUGCAUUAUUAAAAGAAUGUUUAGAAAAACAAAUGUUUAUUCUAUUUCGUAAUAAUCGACCUGGGAUUAUUCCACAAGCUGAAGAAAUCAAUAAAAAAGAUCCCAGUGAUCGUAUAGCAUCAAAUGGUUUUCAUGUACAUUAUUUACCGUAUGCUGAUGAUAUACGGACUUUACCAAAGAAUGAUAUACCACAUAUAACCAAUGAUGAAGUUGAUGUAUUUGAAAAUAUACUUCUUGGUUUAACAAUUAAAUAUCGUCCUGAUAGAUUUGAAAAUCCUGCUUUACAAACAUUAUGGAUAGACAUGUACCGAGCCCCGAGCCUCUCGGGCUUGGGUAGGCUCGGGGCUCGAUCAGGGCUCGGGCUCGGGGCUCGGUCAAGGCUCGGGUGUCAGAUUGAUGUAGGAGCUGACACAGCUGCUACAUCAAGUAACGACGAAAUAAAGAAACCAGACGAUAAUGUUAAUCUUAGUGCUGUUGAUUUUGAUUUUGAAGACGAUGAUUAUAAUUUUUCAGCUUUUGAUUUUGUAACUGAAAAUGGUAAUGAUGGUUUUGACCCCACCACUGGAGCAGAGAUUAAGAGACUCAAAAUACAAAUUGAGACCAUCAAAGAACAAACUAAAAACUCCAAGAAACAAGAUGAAAAAGUAGAUUUGAAAAAAUAA